CCGCGACACCGCGCGCGGAGCGAUACUUCAAAAUGGCGGCCGCGAUAGCGAAGCGGCAACGUCGCAUCGCUUCUCUCCGCCCCGCAGUAUAGCUAGCGCCUCGCUUCGUGUGCCCGCGCCCCGCGACGCGCUAUAUCGUUAUAUUAUCGUUACAUCUCGGCGAUAAUAUAUAACAUGGCGACGAGCGACUACCGGGAGAAGCUGAUCGACGAGGUGAAGAAGUACCCGGUGCUGUACGACACGAGCCACGAGAACCACAGGGACAUCGACAUCCGCGACCGCUGCUGGGUCGAGAUCGCCAGCCGCCUCGGCAGCAACUGCGAGGUGGUGAAGCGCGAGUGGAAAAUCCUGCGCGACAGUCUGCGGCAGUCGAUGCGCACCCGCACCGGCGCGCCCGCCAAGCGCUGGCGGUUCCAGACCCGCAUGGCCUUCGUGGUCCCGCACAUGACGCAGCGCAAAGCCCGGCGCGUGCGGCACGACGUGAAGAUAGACGAGCUGGAGCAGUCCGAGGUGGAGGAGACCCCCGCGUGGGAGCCGGGGGGGGCGGCGGGGAGGCUCGCCGAUCCCCCCCAGGGGGGCGGGGGGGACGAUGAUGCUCUGGACCUGUUCUUCGCGAGCGUCUGCCAGAGCACCCGCCGCCUGCCGAGACACCUGCAGCAUAAUGUUAAGAGACAGGUGCUGGACGUGCUGCUGCGGGCGGAGGAGGAGUUCUACAGUGAGGAGAACAAGAUGGACUUCAAGACCUGCUAGCGAGAACACCUUCAGGCCAUACUACGUCUAGAAUAAGGGGUUCAGAAAGAUUACAGAUUACUGAGGUAUCGCACUCUGAGUUCUGACACGUCACACGAUAGGUCCCGCUGUAUUGUAUUUGUCUGACGAGUGACGAGUGUUCUCAGUACAUUUGGAGAGAAACAGAAAUAAUUCAUUAUUGAAAAUUGAAUAAUGUAAAAAUGAUAUUCUAGUGCUACGUGUAAUAGAGACUAUUGGUAAGUAUACUGCAGUCUCUUCCGUGGUUCCUUAAGAGGAAACGCUAAACACUGUUUUUCCAUACAAACGUAUUCCCCUGUUUUCUCUCUGGACA